AUUUACAACCUUAGGCCUACUAGAUUGGGUAACCCGUCUGACGCAUUUUCUCGGUAGCUCCGCGCCUCCGCCAUUAGUGUCGUUCGCUCGGAUUUAUAACCUCACGAGUUGAUUUAAAAUGCCGCUGUUUCUUCCAAGAAUUGCAGGCUUUCAAUUUGGUCUUCUUCCGAAAUCUUGUUUGAAUUUCUUUUCUUUCCAUCUUCUUCUAACACGGAGAAACCCUCGACUCGCGUGACGCGCCUUAACCAGCGACAAAUUUGCUGUUGAUCCCCAAUGUUUUCCUUUCCGCCCUUCGGCCGCCGCCUCCGUCCUCCGAGGUAUCGAUUGGUUGAUGGGAGCUUUAUUCGGUCAUAACUUUUGAGGAGCUUCGCAGUUUGGGUUAUUUAUUUAUUUUUGUGCAGUGGAUGUAUACGAUUUGAUUGGGAAAAUACUGGAUUGUCCUAUGCUCCGUUCUUGGACGAGUUCUAUCUUGAAGGCUAAAACCUCUGUUUGAUAUAUGAUCCAGAGAGUUGCUUUCAUGAUGCGGUAUCAAGGAAAAAUGGUUUUUUAAAUUCUGGGGAGAGCUUAGCUGUUACAUUUAGAAGAUAGUUGCAUUUGAAAGAGUAUGUCAAGGGGCCAGCCUCGGCCAAGGAGUCAAUCCGCAAGGAGAAUACUACGAAGAUGCCAAAACAAGGGAAAUAUUGAAGAUGCAAUCAUCAUUGAUGAUGAUACAGAAAAUGCUGAUGUUGUUCUAAUUGACAAUCCAAAUACGUCUCGUAAGGGAUCAAAGCAUGCAAAGACAACAAGAUUGAAUUGUUCACCUAGAGGUGUUAUUUAUAUCGAUGAUGAAGGGGAAGAUCCUAGAAAUUCAUCUACUGACACUACUACAAGCAAUCAGUUUGCUGAAACAUUUUACAGCUUGUCUUUGUCUGACGACUCAGAAAGUGAUGAAUAUCCUAUGUUUGGAAAUGGAAAUGUCUGUUGUGAUAACACUGGUCCUUCCCGAAACCGUUAUGGCUUAGAUCUUGAUUCCGAGGAUAGCAUGACUCAAAGUAAUAGUCUGAAAUAUAAUACAGAUGAAUGCGAUGAAUUUGAUUGUAGCAAUUCUGAUUGUGAGAUAAUGGAAGAUCAUUUAGGAGUUAUUCGUGAACAGUGGGAAAAGGCUGCAUCAAGGAAGAAGGAAAGUGGUCAAUUUGCUUCGACGGACCAGGCUAAUGCACCUGACUCAACUAUUUAUUCUGAAGAUCCAUUCCAUGCACCAACACUAUAUAAUGCAGAUGUUGCAUGUUGUUUUAAAAGAACGUCAUUUAAUUAUAUUGAUGAAAUACUUGCAAAAUUUGGCCCAAGUUCAAAGAAUGCUAAACAGAGCCCCUCAGAUAAUGUACUUCCUACUUAUGAAAAUGAAGAUUUUUAUUUCAAAGAUAAAGCUAACAUGUUUGUUCCACAAUCAUGCUCCAGUAGUCAUAUUCCUUGUGAAGAAUCAGGUACCAGGAGGGAAUUAGACGAGUCAAACUUAGGAGAGUAUCCAAAAACAACUCAUUCAAUGGAUGAUGGUCUUAGUUUUAUCAAUAAGGAUGCACAAGAGCCUGUAAAAGCUUUUUUAUUUACCUGUAAAAGCCACGGAAAAACAAGAUUAUUUGACAAUGAGGAGCCUUCUACUAGAACAUCCUAUGAGUCUUCUACGUGGGAUGGGAAGCAUGUAUCAAAAGACAAUGAUCUCUGUCCAGACAGAGCGGAGCAUAAACUUGAUGAAGUUUCUCAUAGUGAUCAAGCAAACCAUGUGAUGGCAGAUAAACGUGUAGCUUCUAACUUUGAAGAGAGUAAAAUGAGAGAUUAUGAAGGGUUCUCACCAUCUUGUAGUCGGCAACAUGAAGAACCACGGAUCAAAACUCAAAAUUUUACCAUCUGUGGUGAUGUGAAUGCUAAAAUGGGAAAAAAAGUAAAUGCAGUGUCUGCAAUAACUGAUAUGGGACUGACUUCACACAAACCUGAUGAUAUGCCUCAUGGCUAUGAGAGUUUAAUUGGUGAACGUGAAAGGCAUAAGGAAACAGAUGAGUAUAAACGAGCUGCAGAAGAAGAAUGGGCAUCAAGACAACGACAAUUGCAGAUUCAGGCAGAAGAAGCACAAAGAUUGCGCAAGAGAAGAAAGGCUGAAACUAUGCGAUUACUCGACAUGGAGAAGAGACAGAAACAACGUCUUGAAGAAAUUCGAGACCUGCAGAAAAAGGAUGAGGAAACCAUACAACUGAAAGAACGGAUUCGUACUGAAGUAAUAAAGGAUCUCAAAAGGGUGGAAAUGACUUGCAGGGACAUGGCUUCAGUGCUGCGUGCUUUAGGGAUUCAUGUCAAAGGUGGUUUUUCUCCUACGGUGAAUGAGAUCAAUGCUGCGUAUAAACAAGCUUUGCUUAGAUUUCAUCCAGAUCGAGCUUCGAGAACUGACAUUCGACAGCAGGUAGAAGCUGAGGAAAAGUUCAAAUUGAUAUCUCGUUUGAAGGAGAAGCUGUUACUGUAGUUCGAUAGUAUUUUAGGACAUUUAGAAGUCUCAAAAUAUAUUAUAUUGACUCACUGCAACUACUGCUGCUGUACAAAAUAUACACCCAACUCAUAGGAUUGUAUGGCAAAAUUUAUUUAAGGAAUUCUUCACAGAAGAUAGUGAGGAACGAUCAAAAAGACCAUUUGAAUAUGCAUAAGGAUUAGUGUUUCAUUGAUGGUGUUCAAAUUUUCUUAUAUGGCACAAAUCAUAAUGCAGACUUAAUGGUUUUUAUCA